AAAAUGCCUUCAAAACAACAAAAUAAAAGAAAAUUGGGUAAAGAAUAUCGUCAACGGCGUAUUGUUAAUGAUGGUCUUUCUAUGGAUGUUGGUUCAAUUGAUGGAUCAUUGGAUGGUAAUAAUAUGUCUGUUGUCGGUAGUAGUUUUGUUGAAGUGGGUAGUAAAGGGGAAGGGGUUUCUUUGUGUGAUAAUGUUUUUAAUAUUUCUUUAAAUGAUUCUAUUGUUUCGCGUAGUGUUUCCCCUAAUAGUAUUUCUUCUGUUUCACGUGGGGGGAGACCUAAAAAACGGAGAGUUGUUGGUAGACCUAAAAAAGUCGUUUUAAAUGAAAAUUUUUCUAAUGAGAAUAUGAAUGUGGAUAUUGUUCCUGAAUUUUUAUCUAUUGAUUUGUUAGAUUUUGUGGUCUGA